CAGAGCUCUUUAAGUUACCUUGGCGCAACAUCAAAUAAUCACGUAGGAGCUCAUUUCCGGUCGUCACGAUGCCACUUGUGACUCAACACGCCAAGCCGCACACGCGCUGCAUCGUCACCACCAGCAUACAUUCGCCAUGUCCUUCCAGCCGCAAUUGGAGCGUGUCGCGCAGCUACAGCAGCACCACCCGGACAAGAACCUCGUGCCCGUGUAUCUGGAUGCUGUGGCCGACCUGGACACGCCCGUGAGCGUGCUGCUCAAGCUGCGUGAGGGCCAGACGCACUCGUUCCUGCUCGAGUCUGUGGCUCCGGGCGAGAAAAUCGCGCGUUACUCGUUCAUCGGUGCUGGUCCGCUCAAGGUCGUGUCUACAGGCAAGGGUCAGACCUUCGAGGGCGACCCGCUGACCAACCUCGAGCAAGAGAUGAAGAACUUCCGUACUGUGACCCUGCCCGAGCUCAACGUGCCCAUGACAGGCGGAGCUGUGGGCUACUGCGGCUUCGACGCUAUCCGCCACUUUGAGCCUAAGAUCGCACCCUACGUUGAAGCCCAGAAGGACGUGCUGAAGGUGCCUGAGAGCAUCUACAUGUUCUUUGAUACGGUCGUGAUCUUCGACCACGUCUUUCACUCGCUUAAGAUCGUGUCGCACGUCCGUCUCGACACGGGCGACCUUGCUGCUGCAUACAAGGAGGCGACUGACAAGAUCAUGGCCGUGAACGCUGCACUGGAGAAGCCACUCGUGCGCCCGUCCAGCGUUGCCCACGCUAGCACUCCGACCACGUCCAAGAUUGACUUGGAGGCGGCCUCGAACGUCGGCAAAGCCGGCUACAUGGGGUUCGUGGACAAGCUCAAGGAGCACAUUGUGGACGGUGACAUCUUCCAGGCUGUACCGUCACAGCGACUGGCCGUCGACCUGCCGAAGGACGUGACUCCACUGGAUCUGUACCGCCAGAUGCGCGUGAUCAACCCGUCGCCGUACAUGUUCUUCCUUGAUAUGGGCGAGGAUUUCCAGAUCGUCGGAGCGUCGCCCGAGAUGCUCGUCAAGGUGGACCACGACCGUAUUGUGGAGACUCACCCCAUUGCUGGCACUCGUCAUCGUGGCGCUAAUGACGAAGAAGACGAGGCUUUGGUGAAAGAUCUUCUGUCCGAUAAGAAGGAACGCGCUGAGCACAUUAUGCUAGUGGAUCUUGGCCGCAAUGACGUCGGUCGUGUGGCCAAGCCAGGCUCUGUGCGGGUGGAGCGCCUCAUGCAGAUCGAGAAGUACUCGCAUGUGAUGCACAUCGUCUCGGUCGUCAAGGGCGACCUGCGUGAGGACCGAACGGUUUACGACGCGUAUCGUGCCAUGUUCCCUGCCGGCACGCUCUCUGGUGCGCCCAAGGUGCGUGCGAUGGAGCUCAUCUGCUCGCUUGAGACCGAGCGACGCGGUGUGUACUCUGGCUCGGUAGGCUACUUCAGUUUCUCGGGCUUCCUAGACACGGCCAUUGCAAUUCGCACCAUGGUGGUAAAGGAUGGCAAGGUCUACUCGCAAGCGGGCGGUGGCAUCGUGUACGACUCGGACCCGCAGGCCGAGUACAUGGAAACGGUCAACAAGCUCGGCUCAGCCGUCAAGACGCUGGAGAAGUGCGCCGCUCAUAUGGCGCCGACCGCGCAGUAGAUUUGAGUGCGUGAUGUCUUCCACGUGCAAGUCGAGAUAAAUACACAGACAUUUGCAUGCUUUGCUUUGCUUUAAUGAGCAUAAAUA